AUGGGUGCCGGCACGCUGCCUCCCGGCGCGCCCCCGCCCGCAGUGGGGGCCCCCGGCGCGUACCAGCCCCUGCCACAAGCCGCGGACGAGCCCGGCAGCUCCGCGUCGGCGCCGCUCUACCCGGGCGCCGCGCCGCCCUAUGCGACGGUGGUGGUGCCUGGAGCGCCGCAACCCUACCCUGCUCACGUCUACCCUGCCGCCGCGCCACCCUCCUACUCAUCCCCGCCUCCCCUCGCGCCACCGGUAGCGUCCUACCCUCCUGCACCGACGGGGCCGCUGCCUCCAGGCGUGGUGCUGGUGCCGCUGAGCGCGACCCCGAUCGCUGGCAUGGUCAUGCGCCCGCCAAGGGUGCCGCCGCAGCCGGGGCAGGUGCUGCUUGGCUACGAGGUGUGCCGGCCGCGGGCCGGGUGCCUGCGCUGCGACGGGCUGUCUCCUGUGGGCCUGGUGGCAGUGAUCUUCCUGCUGAUGUUCUGCUGGCCGCUUGCGUGGGUACCCUGCGUGAUUCCGGAUUGCUUCAACAGCUUCCAGCGCCCAGUGUACGGCUGGCGGCCCACGGCGGCGGGCUAUCCCGCGCACCCGCCCGCGGCGGGCAUCCCGCAGCACCCGCCGCACUGGCGGUGA